UAAUAUGGUUUUAAUGAGUUAUCUGCGUCUGAUUCAUAUUAGUCCUGAAUCUAAUUUGAAUCUGUGUAGGCUAUGAGCCGCCUUUUUACCAGGAAGUUGUAUGGAGCCAACAACGGUUGAAAUUUGACAUUUGCUCCACUGCUCUGGUCUUAUCCGGUGAGUGGAGUGGUCGGGUCGGGUCAGCGGCGUUCUUGUCUGGAGCUUCGUGUGCGCUUUAUCGCCAAUAAAGUUGGAUUUGACGCCUUCAUUAUUUCACCAACGAAGGUAACGUUACCUGAUGGAAAAUAGCCGAUUGAAUAGAGAGCUGAGGCCAUGUUUCAGAGGAUUCUACUGAGGUGGACCUUUCCUCUAGGUGGUUCUGAUCUAGACGGGUCCUGUGGAAGUGAAGAAAGUGGUAGAGGAGGAGAAGCAGGAGACCUAUCAUUCUGACUGUAAUCUGGAUGWAUGGACUGUAGACUAACACCAUUGUCUUACGUCAGACAGUGCGACUCAGUCCACAUUUGUCUGAACUAACGUCGUACAGGAGGAGCUUUGCGUAGGAGUGACGCCACCUGUUGGACUCAGAAAAGAAGACGAUGGCAGUGUGUGUGUGUCGGUGGUGUCCGGCUGGCUCUGCUGUCGUCUAGGUACUAAUGGCAGAUGUUCCCUCUGGUCUUCUGGAGGCUUGUGUGGUGGUUGGAGCAGUCAGCAGUACACUCAGGGAACUCUAUCAGUCACACCAGCAGGGUAAAAUCAAAGAGCUCCCCCUGUUGGAGACGGAGGUACURCAGGUGCACGCCCCACCCUUUGUGACCAAGGAGAGUGUGAGUAGCGAGACCAAAGGUCAGGGUCACGCCCCGGCCUUCACCAGGAUCCAGAGGAGGCGCUCCUUCAUCAAGAAGAAGAGGGGGAGGCCUGGUACGGCUAACGGAGAGGCAGCCAAGGGUAGCGAUGGAGGGGGCGGCACCACAGAGGACAUCAGUGUCCCCAAGGACCUGGACCUCAUCGCCCUGCCUCAGCUCUGCUUCCCAGGGGGUCUUCAGAUAGCCAGUGAGCAGAGAGAAGACUCGUACCAUUACCUGGUGUUUACUGAUGUCUUCGGGAACAGGACGCAYGCUGUAGUGGUGCAGUACUACAGGCCUAUACAGUUCUCUCAGGAUGGUGGACACCAAAAUGGCUACCGGUCAUCCUCCAAGUCGUCCCGUCUCUACACGGCGUACGGCAUCUGUGUCAUCUCUAAAUACCCUUACUAYAACGCUCUCCGGGACUGCCUGUCAUGUCUCUUGUCCCAGCUCAAGCCCAGCUGGAUGGGGGACUUUGAGGAGAGGGUGAAGGAGUUUUCAGCCAAACUGGCGCUGGUGCCCAUUCCUCCACCUGGGCAACUGCAUGUGGUCUUUAGUCUGAGGCCUCUCCAGAUUGGGCUUCCCUCCCGGGAGGAUAAGGACCGGCCAGCUGUUGACCUCGACCUCCAUCUGCCUUUCCUGUGCUUUAGACCCCRACAGCUCCUCCAAAUCAUUACCAGCCUUCUGACAGAGCAGAGGGUAGUACUGUUCUCCUGUGAYUGGGCCCGGCUCACCCUGCUGGCAGAGAGCCUGAUGCUCUUCAUCCACCCCCUGGUGUGGCAGCACCCCUUCGUCCCCGUCCUCUCAAGCCAGAUGCUGGACUUCCUCAUGGCGCCCACCGCCUACCUCAUGGGCUGUCAUCUGCACCACUAUGAAGAGGUGGCCGCGGAAACAGAUGAUCUGAUUCUGGUUAAUAUUGAUGAUGGCACCGUGUCGUCUUCCUCGUCCGACGGGGUUGACCUGCCGGACGUCCCGCUGGCGGCCAGAGAGUGUUUUCUAACACGGGCGGAGGGUCUCCAGAUGCACUAUGACCUGGAGGUGUGUCACCUGGGGUCCAGUACAGACGUCAACGACCAGAGGGCCCAGAGGAGGCAGUGGCAGAGGAAACUCAACACACACAUCCAGAACAUCACUCUGGAACUCAUCAUCAACAUCUUCAGAGAAGUCCACGAYCACCUCAACUUUGAGCACAGAGUCUUCAACAGUGAAGAGUUCUUCAGGUCUAGAGAACCAGCAGACCAGCCAUUUUUCAAGAAGGUGUUGGACACACACAUCUUCCACUCGUUCCUACGKGAUCGUCUGAACAGGAAGAUGGACGCGUUCACACGCAUGGAGCUGAGCACUCGGACAGAAGCUUACAGGCUGAAGUCCAUGACAGAGUCUCCGCGGCGGCCCACCAUGCAGGAGCUGGCCCGUAAAUACACCAGCCCAGAGAGCCGGCUCAGCAAGAGGCUGGGGGCCAGCCUGCCCAACCUGGGGGAGGGUGUGGGCUCCCUGGUGGGACCCCUCAUGCAGAACUCCCUCAAGAAGAUACAGGUGGACAGUGGUUUGAAGUCUCCCCAGAARCCAGUGAGAUGCUUCAAGCUUCCWGAGUUCCCUCCACCRCUGGCCUACCACUACGUCCAGAAUUACUACCAGGAGAUGAUCACCCUCCUGGACAAGGCCAUCAGCGGGGUGGCCUUCGAGGACUCCUCUCUCCUGGCCUGCUAUCACUACCUCMGGGGCUUCGUGAACACCGUGGCCGGUAAACGCCUGGACGCUCUGGAAGACUUUCAGACCCUUUACAAGACRGACACRGACAUCUUCCCUGGCGRGCUGGUCAACGCGCUGGUGGACUCUCUACAGGAUGGGGAACGGGCACAAGCUAACCGCCGAACCGAGAUCAAACGCCUGAUUAGUCGAGUGAAGAAGGACCACGAGAGGGAGCGGGCGUGCCAUGACAACGAAGCUGUCAAGCGGUUCCAGCUGCCGAAAAAGCACAUGCAGUUGGAGGACUUUGUGAGGCACGUGCAGGAGUCUGGGAUUGUCAAGGACCAGGGGACCAUUCACCGRCUGUUUGAGGCUCUCACUGUGGGAGGUGAAGAUCUCCUCGGCUCCCUUCCUGCUGCUGAGGAUCCCCUCUCUGAAGAUCAAGACCACUCUGAGGAAGGAGACGUUUGAGGUCAACCUGAAGUCAGAGGUGGACCUCUGGCACCUCAUGGUUAAGGAGAUGUGGGCCGGACGAAAGAUGGCCGACGACCACAAGGACCCCCAGUAUAUGCAGCAGGCUCUGACCAAUGCCCUGUUGAUGGAUGCAGUGGUUGGCUGUCUGCAGUCACAAAAGGCAAUUUUUGCAGCAACCAAGUUAGCACACUUUGACAGAAUGAAACUGGAAGUGCCAAUGAUGGUUCCCAAAACCACGUCAGAAACCCUGAAACACAAGAUCAACCCGUCUCUGGACCUGACAAGCCCCCAGGCGGUGGAUGUUAUGCUCUACACCCCAGGCCAGCUGGGCGUAUCGUUCGACACCGAGGGUGAUGGGAACCCCAAACUGUGGUGUGCCCUGAGCGACGGGAAGGUGGUGGUGUUUGAUGCAGCCAGCUGGUCCAUGCAACAAAGCCAAGUUCAAGUAGGCUCUUCACGAGUGAACUGCAUGCUGGGAGUGGACCGGCAGCAGGUGUGGAUUGGCUCUCAGGAUUCCGUCAUUUACAUAAUCAGCACCCGCAGCAUGUCCUGUAACAAGCAGCUGACGGACCACCGCAGUGAGGUCACAGGGUUGGCCCUAGGGGAACGCAGCGAGAAAUACAGCCCCAAGGUGGCAUACUCCUGCAGUGCGGAAGGUACAGUGAUGGCGUGGGACGUGUCCACACUGCAGGUGAGGAAACAGUUCAGGCUCUCCUGUGACCGUCUCCAGUCCGUUCAGCUCUGCAGUGGAACCCUAUGGUGCUGUGCCAGAGACUGCAUUAUGGAGGUUUGGAGAACCGGAACGUUGAAUCGCAAGAUCUCCCUUCCUGAACAGCUCUGUGGCUCCCCCACUGCCUUCAGCAGCUUCCUGCUCUACCAGGAGAAGGAGCAGCUGUGGACGGCCUGUAUAGACGUAGGAGAGCUGUGUGUGUGGCACCUCAGGGAGCUCACCAAGCCCUUCCAGAGGAUCCAGUUGCCCGACUGUGCAGGUGUCACCUGCCUCAUCAAGGUCAAAAACCAGAUCUGGGUUGGCGGCCGGAGCUCGGGGAAGACCAGAGGGAAGAUCUACGUAGUGGAUGCCCAGCGACACACGGURGAGAAGGAGCUGGUAGCUCACACAGACUGUGUCCAGGCACUGUGCUCCGCAGAGGACCGCUAUGUGCUGAGUGGGGCGGCCCGCGAGGACGGGAAGAUAGCCAUCUGGAAAGUGGAGUAACUGGAGUGGAAAUUCAAUACUGCCCCCUGGUGCCUUGGGUUCAGAACAGGGUCGUGUUCAUUAGGCACCAAACGGUAGAAMAUGGACUGAAACAGAGAGCGGCUACAUGGGCCAAUAAGAAACACACUUUUUGGUUUUCUGUUGAAAAAGAUUUUGCUACAUUGUGCUCUAAUAACCCAGGUUAUUGUGAACAGUUGGKAAAUGGACUUGUGAUUUUAGACUGCCUGUGGAUGGAUGACUGACCCAAAGACUGACYCAAAGACAAAAUAAGGGGUCUUCCCCAUGAUUGCAUGGGGUUUUUGUAUUGUUGCUCAUUAGACUUACAACAACUGAAGUAAUUUGUCCAACCUAUAGUUAAAUACCUUUUUUGUUUAUGUCCAGCAGUGUUAACUGCUUAUUUUAAUAUUAACAUCUGAGGAGCCUUAUCUUUUUAUAUUGGAACUACAGUAUAGAUGCAUGACAAGUGAUUCACAACCAUAUGAGUAUUUUACAUUUAAUGUAUGUGGGUUUUUUGUUGUUGUUGUAAAUAUACMUUUUUGUAUGUUUUAAUACACAAUACUACAUGUUUGUAUUGUUUACUGGUGUUAUUAARAAUG